AUGUCAGCGCUCCGCCAUCUCGCGCGUCGGUGCGCGUCCUCGUUGAACGCCGCGCGGGGUCUCGCCACGAAAACCUCGCGCAAGGGCUCCGGGAAGACCGCCGCCAAGGCUGCCGCGUCAGCCUCCCCGUCGUCCGAUGACGACUCUGGAAGCCCAGAUCAUCGGGAGGCCGCCGCCGGCACAGUUGAGGACGGAACGAUCGGCGCCGAGGCCGACAAGGCCGCGCGGGCCGCGAAGGAGGCCGCUGAGAGCUUCACCCGGUGGGCGAAGGGCGCCGGCGCCAAGCUCGGCGACGGCGCGGCGAAGGCGGCGGGCGGCGCCAAGUCCUUCUCCGAGACGGCCGACAAGCGCAGCGGCGGCCUCAUGACCACCAUCGUCAACGCGUUCAAGGAGGAGUACAGGCUGGCGAUGAUGGACCCGGGCGACGCCGCGAUGGAGCGACGCAAGUCCGCGCCCGGGUACGUGGCUCCCGGACCCGUGGACCCGUACGAGGGGACCACGGCGGUGGCAAUCGCGCAGAAGAAGAAGUCGCGGUUCCAAGCCGCGUGGGAGACGGUGAGCGAGAAGACCGGCCUGGGCGCGCACGUCACGUCCGUGUUCAGCAAGCUGGAAGGUUUGAAGCAAACCCCGGCGUACAAGAAGGGCGAGGAGAUGCUGGAGGACGCGCGAGAGCGAUGGGAGACGAGCGACAACCCGAUGGUGCACAGGAUCCAGGACAUCACCGAGGGCGCGUUCUUCGCCGAGACGGAGCAGGCGGAGGCGUACCGGGUGCUCCAACAGCGCGUGCCGGACUUUAACAUGAACGGCUUCAUCGCGGAGGUUCGAAGGGACGUGCCGAAGGUGCUCGGCGCGUACCUGAAGGGCGACGUGGAGGCGCUCGAGAGGUGCGCCGUGAGCAAGGAGAUGCUGGAGAGGAUGGGAGGUCAGAUGAAGCUUUGGCAGCACGAGGGCCAGUUCGUGGAUCCGCGGAUACUGCACCUGUCCGAGAUGGAGCUCGUGGAGGUGCGGACGCUGGAUAACGCGCCGAUGAUCGUCCUGCAGUUCAGCUGCCAACAGAUCAACUGCGUGCGAAAUAAGGAUGGGGAAAUCGUCGAGGGCGCCGAGGAUGACAUCCAGUCGGUGCACUACCUGUGGGCCAUGCAGCUCGAGGACGUGGAGUACACGCACUCGGACGGGCGCAAGUACACAGCGCCCACGUGGCAGCUGAGAGAAAUGGUGCUCCGCGGAAUGAUGGCCGUCGCCGCGUAG